CUCCGCCUUCCAGGGCGAGACGAAGGCCUCGCCGCGCUGCAUUGUGGUCCACGCCGUUGUAGGUUGAAGCCGCAAAGGCUGUCGGGAAUCCCAGGAGGCGGCGGCCGAACUCCGAGCGGCGGCCCGGGGCUCGGCUAGAAGCAGGCACUGGUCGCCUCCCGGAGCUCCUCGCCGUCCCUACAGCGCUCUCCCGGCACCGGCUCGCCGCCGCUGCCCCUCCGCCGGCCGUCGUGGGGAGGCGGAAGAGCCUUCGGGAGCAUCUCCGAAUCAGCUACCUCGGAUGGGGAUGUGGAGGCAGGAGGCGGAGCUACCUGGGCAGAGAAGGCCGAAGUUGAGAGCGAGAAGCGGAGCGCAGAACUCCGCAUUGGCGCUGCGGGUCCCCUGAGGCCUCCAGAGGAGCAGCCCUCGGCCCUGGAAAGCCGCGCGGCUUCCCGGUGAGGGGGGGGGGAACCUCGGAAGAGAGGCUCCCCUCGGGGGCUCUUCAGCCCAGUCCUGCAACUUUUCCCCGCUUUCUGCUCUUUUAACUCUCCUGCCUCGUGAAGGUGGCGGUGCGGAGAGCUCCUGCCUCCCCGUGGAAGAAGGGAAGGAUAAUGGUUGGCAGCCACAUCCCAGGGAUGAUCUUUGGCUCUUGGCUCUUCUUUUGAAGCUUUCCUUUCGCGGCAACCUCCCCCUCCCACCCCCCGAAAAGAGGAAUUCUAAGUGCAGGGGGAAGACGCGGAAACUGAAGAGGCGGAAGAGAGGAGCGUCUUCUGGGGCCUCCGGGAGAACUGCAACAGCCUCUGCUACUUUCUUCUUUUUUGUUGUCGAAGUAAUGCCGUUGUGACCUAAAGUAACAUUUCUACAUCCUGCACAAUUUUGCACGUAACCUCUCGCCUUUGAAAAAGACUUGUGGACCAGGCUUUGAAUAAGGGAGCUUAGUUCCGUAACAACGUUGCUUUAACCAUUUGCUUACUGUGGAAAACUAGAUUAAUUGACCCUCCUGUUGGCUUAGCGUUUGUUAGGAAGAUUACUUAUUGCCUUGUGGAACUACCCAAGGUGGGGAUUAUUUAAUGAAUGAACAUUGUAGUCGGAGUGGAUGGCUGCUCUACCAUAUCAAAUGCUUUUGGAAAUCAUUAUGCAAACUUGCUGAAAAAAGCUGAUAUCGUUGGGAAAAAUUGGUCUGUGACAAAUCUCUUUUAUCAAACAAGAUGAUGUGUGAAGUGAUGCCGACCAUCAGUGAGGCAGAGAUUCCCUCCGGGGGAAGUGGAAACCGUGGUUCAGGUUCUCCCCUACAGUCGGAUGCUGAUUCCCAUUUUGAGCAAUUAAUGGUAUCCAUGUUGGAAGAGCGUGAUCGCCUCUUGGACACACUGCGAGAAAAUCAAGAGACACUUGCAUUGACCCAGGGUAAACUACAUGAAGUUGGCCAUGAGAGGGAUUCUCUACAACGACAGCUUAAUACUGCACUUCCUCAGGAGUUUGCAGCACUUACUAAAGAGCUCAAUGUAUGCAGAGAGCAACUCCUUGAAAGGGAAGAGGAAAUUGCAGAAUUGAAAGCAGAAAGAAACAAUACAAGAUUACUACUAGAACAUUUGGAAUGCCUUGUCUCCCGGCAUGAAAGAUCUUUAAGAAUGACCGUAGUAAAAAGACAAGCUCAAUCGCCAGCUGGUGUUUCUAGUGAAGUUGAAGUUCUCAAAGCACUAAAGUCUCUAUUUGAACAUCACAAAGCCCUUGAUGAAAAGGUAAGAGAAAGGUUACGAGUAGCACUUGAACGAUGUAGUUUGUUGGAGGAAGAACUAGGUACUACACAUAAAGAGUUAAUGAUUUUAAAAGAACAAAACAAUCAGAAAAGAACACAAGCUGAUGGAAUGCCUGAUAUUAAUCAUGAUCAGGAGAAUAUACCUAGCACUAAUGGGAAGAGAUCUUCCAUUGGCUCUUUGAAUCAUGAUGAAGAUCUUGCUAAAGUAAUAGAACUUCAAGAUAUCAUAGAAAAGCAAACUAAAGAACAGUCACAAAUGAAAGAAAGAAUUACUGCCCUUUCUAAUAGAGUAGCAGAACUGGAAGAAGAUCUUGAUACUGCUAGAAAAGAUCUAAUCAAAUCUGAGGAAAUGAACACCAAGUUGCAAAGAGACGUACGAGAGGCAAUGGCUCAGAAGGAAGAUAUGGAAGAAAGAAUUACAACUCUUGAAAAACGCUACCUCGCUGCACAACGUGAAGCUACAUCUGUGCAUGAUCUUAAUGAUAAACUUGAAAAUGAAAUUGCUAACAAAGAUUCAUUGCAUCGACAGAGUGAAGACAAGAAUAGGCAGUUACAAGAACGAUUGGAACUGGCUGAACAAAAAUUGCAGCAAACUCUGAGAAAAGCUGAAACUCUGCCAGAAGUAGAGGCUGAAUUGGCUCAGAGAGUUGCUGCACUUAGUAAGGCUGAAGAAAGACACGGAAACAUUGAAGAACGAUUGAGACAAAUGGAAACACAGCUAGAAGAAAAAAAUCAAGAACUAUUAAGGGCCCGUCAAAGAGAAAAGAUGAAUGAAGAACAUAAUAAACGUUUAUCUGAUACAGUUGAUAAACUUUUAUCUGAAUCUAAUGAAAGACUUCAGCUUCACCUUAAAGAAAGAAUGGCAGCUCUGGAAGAUAAAAAUUCCCUUCUCCGUGAAAUUGAAAGUACCAAGAAACAAGUGGAGGAGCUUCAAAAUGAAAAGGAUCAGUUGGUAGUAAACGUUGAAGCAAUAAGGGCUGAAAAUGACCAGUUGAGGAUCAGAGGCCCUGCUCUUCAUCAUAGUAGGCCACAUUUAGGUAGUGUACCAGAUUUUAGAUAUCCACUGGCACCUUCAGUUAUAGCAGACAAUCAGACAGAUUCCUACAGCACCUCAGUUCUACGACGUCCACAGAAAGGACGCUUAGCAGCUCUGCGAGAUGAGCCUUCAAGGGUUCAGACUCUUAAUGAGCAAGAUUGGGAACGUGCACAACAAGCAAGUGUAUUGGCAAAUGUUGCACAAGCCUUUGAGAGUGAUGCUGAUAUCUCAGAUGGUGAAGAGGACAGAGAAACUAUAUUCAGCUCAGUUGAUCUCUUGUCACCUAGUGGUCAGGCAGAUGCCCAGACCUUAGCCAUGAUGCUUCAGGAGCAAUUGGAUGCCAUCAAUAAAGAAAUUAGAUUGAUCCAAGAAGAAAAGGAAAACACUGAGCAAAGAGCAGAGGAGAUAGAAAGUCGUGUUGAUAGUGGGAAUUUAGACAAUCCUGGUCGAUUCCGAUCAAUGAACUCUAUCCCACCUCCCUUUCCUAGUGGAAACCUUUCUGGUUCCUCUCCACCAGGAAGUGGGCUUUCUACUCCUCGAAGAAUGCCACACAGUCCUGCUCGAGAAGUGGACAGACUAGGAAUUAUGACAUUACCUAGUGAUUUAAGGAAACACCAUAGAAAGUCUCCAGUUUCUAGAGAAGAAGUUAGAGAUGACAAGGCUACAAUAAAAUGUGAGACCUCACCACCUUCUUCACCUCGAUCACUGCAUUUGGAUAAAUCUUAUAAAGGAGCUUUGCAUACAAUGAGCCAGGAAGAUAUAAGAGAUCUUCGAAAUUCUACAGGCUCUCAAGAUGGACAGAUAAGCAAUCCCAGUAGCAGUAAUAGCAGUCAAGAUUCUCUCCACAAAGCUCCUAAAAAGAAGGGGAUCAAAUCCUCAAUUGGCCGCCUAUUUGGUAAGAAAGAAAAAGGUCGAUCUGGACAGAUGAAUAAAGAGAUCCUGGGACAAGUUAGUGUAUUAGAAGCAGAAAGUUCAACUCAAGAUGGUUUGGGGCUUGGAAAACUUGGAGGACAAGCAGAAAAGAAUAGAAAACUGCAAAAAAAGCAUGAACUUCUUGAAGAAGCUCGGAGGCAGGGUCUGCCUUUUGCUCAAUGGGAUGGCCCCACAGUGGUUGUCUGGCUAGAGUUAUGGGUUGGGAUGCCAGCUUGGUAUGUGGCUGCUUGCCGUGCAAAUGUGAAAAGUGGUGCUAUAAUGUCAGCCUUAUCGGAUACUGAAAUACAGCGUGAAAUUGGAAUCAGUAAUCCUUUACAUAGGUUAAAACUGAGACUUGCCAUACAAGAAAUUAUGUCACUAACGAGUCCAUCGGCUCCUCCUACAUCAAGAACGACUACAGGAAAUGUCUGGGUAACGCACGAAGAAAUGGAAAAUCUUACAUCUACACCACAAACGGAAGAUGAGGAAGGAAGCUGGGCUCAGACUUUAGCCUAUGGUGAUAUGAACCACGAAUGGAUUGGCAAUGAAUGGCUUCCUAGUUUGGGGCUUCCUCAGUAUCGCAGUUAUUUUAUGGAAUGUUUAGUUGAUGCUAGAAUGUUGGACCAUUUAACUAAAAAAGAUCUUCGUGGUCAACUUAAAAUGGUAGACAGUUUUCACAGAAAUAGCUUCCAGUGUGGCAUUAUGUCUCUCCGAAGAUUAAAUUAUGACCGAAAAGAACUUGAAAGAAGAAGAGAAGGAAGCCUGAAUGAAAUUAAAGAUGUCCUUGUUUGGAGCAAUGACAGGAUGAUUCACUGGGUGGUAUCAAUUGGCCUUAAAGAAUAUGCAAAUAAUCUUAUAGAAAGUGGAGUUCAUGGUGCACUUCUGGCCUUAGAUGAAACUUUUGAUCACAAUGCAUUAGCUCUGUCUUUACAAAUACCCACUCAGAAUACACAGGCUCGUGCUGUCUUGGAAAGGGAAUUUAAUAAUCUUCUUGUGAUGGGUACAGACAGAAAGUUUGAAGAGGAUGAUGAUAAAAGCUUUAGACGUGCACCGUCAUGGAGGAAGAAGUUCAGACCAAAGGACAUAAGGGGUUUAGCUGCUGGAUCAGCAGAGACCCUCCCUGCAAAUUUUAGAGUUACCACUUCAAUGUCUUCACCUUCUAUGCAACCAAAGAAGAUGCAGAUUGAUGGCAAUGUAUCAGCAACACAAAGAUUGGAUUCUGCUACAGUAAGAACUUAUUCAUGUUAAAGACUUUCGUUGUUUAUCCCCACUAUUUCUACAGAUGAACUGAACCAUUUUGAACCCAAUGACCACAUUUUGGAAACAGCUGAAAUCUUUAAUCUGUUAAUACUUGUUAAAUCAACACUUUGAAAUAUUUUAUUACAGAGUUUUUAAUUAGCAGGUGAAUUUGUGAGUACUAUAAAAAGUAUUUUAGAUUAAAUGUUUCUUAUGUGGGUGUAUGUGUGUCCCAUUACUUAAUUUUCUAUUAAAAUUGUCAAUCAAGUUAUUACUUUAUGUUAAUUUUAGUAUUUUCAUCUGAAUGUACUGUAAUGCUUGUAUGUAUCUGUCCCUGUAAGCAAUAUAGGGCUUUAUUGUAAAUUAUGCAGUUAUUGUAAUUACCAAUAAUGAAUUUAAUAAAGUGAAGGUGAAUUUUUUUUUACAAUCUUUGUAAAGACAUCAUGACACCAAGCAAUAUCAAUAUAUAUAUAUUGCUGUUUGAAAAAUGCUAGCUAGCUCUAAAAAUUGAAAUAAUUCCUUUUUUUCAGAGAGGCAUAUGUUUAUUAACAAAACAGGCAUGGUACCUGAUUCCAUUUCCGUUAGAAACUGUACCUUUUAAACUUUUAACAUUUGAUUAUUUAGUGUGUAUUCUUAUUUAAGGCUUUUGUUUAGUAUAAUUUGCUUUAUAUUCAUAAAUGUGGGAAUUUGUAGAACAUUAUGAAACAUAUGAGACCUAAUGAGGUCAUUUAUAACUACUUUUUGUGGCUGUAUUUGUACAGUCUAUGUUCAUUGAUUGAGCAUAAGCAAGCCAUAAGCGGAAAUAUUUUCUGUUAAGCAAGAAUAGUUACUACAUAUUUUCUGUUAAGCAAGAAUAGUUACUACAUAAGAGUACUUGACAGGCAACAUGGAGUGCUCCCUUUCUGGGUUUUGAUGUGAAAAUGUUUGUGAAAAGAUAUCAAUGCAGUUCUUUUAAUGGACCAAUCAUGAUGCACUGCUGCCUCAUGACAAAGAUGUUAAGAGCAUAACAUAUGGAGGCAUGUGGUAGUGCAACUAUUAAAAAGGCCUUACUUUUCUUAUGUCAUCUUUUAGAUAUAUUUAUAAGCUUGUUUUUAAAUCCAGGCAGAUUUUUUAGUUGUUAAUAGUUUGAGUCAUUGCAAACAGUAUAAGUAGAAAAUGCAUCAUUCAUUUUUAAAUAGCAUCUUAUGAAGCCAGCAAGGAGGAGAUUCAGAUCAUGGUGCAUUAUUUAUUAUACAAUAAUAUACAUGGCAUGUCUUUUUUCUGUAUUUGGUUUUGGCUCUUUUUAAAUUGUACAACUUGAAUUCAUUGUUACUAUUUUUUCUAUUAACCUUAUGUGUACUUUGAAUAAUGUAACAAAUUAUGUACAGUCUAAGUACUUUGAACUAUUUUUAUCACAGUAUUAUUUAUUGCUUUCAAUAAAUUUCUGAAGCAUUUUUCCACUGCCAAUAAAAUGUUACUAUCUUGUGAUGAGGCUUGAGAUGUUUUAAAAUGGUAAUUCAGAUAUUAAUGCAAAUGAAAUAUCUUGUGACGUAUUAAUGCUUCCUUUGGCAAAGACAGUUUUAUAAGAUCCUUUUCACUUUAGAAAUCACACUCUGUAUAUUAUAUGUAAGAUAUACUAUUACUAUAUAAACUUAUCAAAAUGAUUUGUGCAAAAAAUUUAAAUUCUGAAUGUUAAUACAUUCAAAGAAGAUAUAUUCCAAGGAAUGAUUGUAUGCAUUAAAUCUACCAGAUCUCAGGUCCAUAAAUCCAGAUAAGACUAUCAGAUAGCAGCAAAGAAAUGUGGAAGACUCAAUUUUUUUUACUGCUCAGUAUUGAUUAUAUGCAUGCAUAUCUUAAUCUGAAUUUUAGAUACUAAGACUAAGGAAUUUAAUCUUCAUUGUGAUUAUACUGAAGCUAUAUAUAAAAUGAUCAAACAGA